AUGCAAAGAGAACAACAAAAAGCUGGCAUGUUGAAGAUUAGUAACUGCAGAGUGAGGUGUAGAGCUUUAGAGACUCUGCGUAUUGUGGUGGAGGACGAUGAAGAUAAUAAGGAAAUAGUGGUGGGAGGGGAUAAUGUGAACACAAUAGUGAAGUUAUUGUCUGAUGAACAACCGAAAGUAAGAGAGGAAGCUAUCUCCUUGCUCUUUGAGCUCUCGAAAUCCGAGGCUAUGUGUGAAAAAAUCGGGUCUGUUAAUGGAGCAAUCCUGAUAUUAAUUGGAAUGACUAGUAGUAAAUCUGAAAAUGUGUCGACUGUUGAGAAGGCGGAUAAAAUUCUUGGAAAUUUGGAGAACAAUGAGAAUAAUGCGAGGCAAAUGGCUGAAAAUGGUAGAUUGCAACCUCUUUUGACACUUCUCAUUGAAGGUUCUCCAGAAAUCAAAGUGUCCAUGGCUUCAUACCUUGCUGAACUGGCUUUGAGUACUGAUGAUGUAAAAAUCUUGGUGGCUAGGACCGUGGGUUCAUCAUUGAUCGACCUCUUGAAAAGUGAUAAUAUGCAGUCUAGAGUAGCAGCGCUCAUUGCUCUAAAUCAAAUCUCAUCUUGUGAGUCAAGUGCGAAGAUCUUGGUUGACCAAGGCAUACUUUCGCCUCUUAUCAAAGGUCUUUUUUCAGGCUCAAAGCAGCUCCCUAUGCAAUUCAAAGAAAUCUCUGCUACAAUACUUGCAAACAUAGCGAGCUCCGACUGUGACUUUGACUCUAUCCCAGUGGGUCCCAACCACCAGACCCUUGUGUCUGAAGACAUACUUCACAACUAUCUUCAUUUGAUCAACAACACUGGACCAGCAAUGGAAUGCAAGCUUCUACAUGUUCUUGUUGGACUCACUAGCUCCCCCGUUACUAAAGCUGGCGUUGUGUCAGCAAUUAAAAGCUCGGGUGCCAUUAACGGUUUGGUUACGUUUAUUGAAGCCCCACAGCAAGAUCUCCGCAUGACUUCAAUAAAACUUCUCCAGAAUCUUUCUCCAAACAUGGGUCAAGAACUAGCUACUUCUUUACGCAUGACGCCUGGUCUUCUUAGCAGUUUAAUUAAAGUAGUUGUGAAAAACAUAACAUGUACGGAAGAACAAGCUGCAGCUGUUGGGCUUCUAGCAGAUCUUUUGGAAAGAGAUAUCGGACUCACACGACAAAUUCUAGAAGAAGGUGUGUUUGAAAUGGUGAUUUCAAGAAUCAGAAUGGUUCAUCAAGAAGAUCCUAGAGGAAGCCAUUUUGUAACACCAUAUUUAGAAGGGCUCUUGCGUGUCCUCUCGACGUUAACAUUUAUGUUACCCGAUGAACCGAACGUUGUUUCUUUAUGUCGUGAUCAUGAUCUUGUGGGGUUAUUUGUUGACCUUCUUCAGGUCAACAGGCUUGACAAUGUGCAAAUGGUUUCAGCUUUUGGGCUUCUAGCAGAUCUUUUGGAAAGAGAUAUCGGAUUCACACGACAAAUGCUAGAAGAAGGCGCGUUUGAAAUGGUGAUUUCAAGAAUCAGAAUGGUUCAUCAAGGAGAUCCUAGAGGAAGCCGUUUUGUAACACCGUAUUUAGAAGAGCUCACACGUGUCCUUUCGAGGUUAACAUUCAUGUUACCCGAUGAACCGAAAGCUGUUUCUUUAUGUCGUGAGCAUGAUCUUGCAGGGUUAUUUGUUGACCUUCUUCAGGUCAACGGGAUAGACAAUGUGCAAAUGGUUUCAGCUUUUGCUUUGGAGAAUUUAUCUCGACAAUCCAAAAUCCUAAGCAAACUCCCCGAAAUGCCAAUCUUUCACUAUUUCAGCAAACAAACAGUGGUGACUGGAUUGUGUCAGGUUCACCGUGGAGUGUGUUCACAAAGGGAUACUUUCUGUCUAUUACAAGGUCCAGCUUUGCCAAAACUUGUGGCACUCUUAGAUCACACAAAUGAGAAGGUAACUGAAGCAUCAUUAGCUGCAUUGUCAACUUUACUAGAUGAUGGGGUCAAUAUAGAAGGAGGGGUGGCUGUCUUAUGUGAGGUGGAAGGAAUCAAGCCGAUUAUGGAUAUUUUGCUUGAAAAAACAAACAGAUAAUUUAUGGAGAAGAGCUGUUUGGGUGGUGGAAAGACUUUUACGGACAGAAGAUAUAGCGUAUGAUGUUUCGGGUGAUCUUAAUGUUAGCACAGCACUUGUACAGGCGUUCCAACAUGGUGACUAUCAAACACGCCAAACUGCAGAACGUGCCCUGAAACAUGUUGACAAGAUACCAAAUUUCUCGAGCUUAUUUGUUCAUCUUCUUAACACACCAAAUCUACAAGGCUAUAGAUAAUCCAUGGAGAAGACUUAAUAGUUUACACCAAAUGAUUUUUAAAUAAUAGCUACCGAUUGUAAUG